CAAAAGUGGGUAUCUCACCAUACUGGCCUUUCUUUGCGACUUUAACUGUGUUCAUGUCAAGAUUUAGAGACAUCUGUCAUGCCAUUUUUCUUUAAUUUCUCCAUUCAAUGUUUUGGCAUCUCGUACCGUUCAUUUAAUGGCCACCUAAGUCUCAGUUUGAAGCAGGCCUCCUUCUCACUUAAUUAUCUCAACCUAGCUAGGUUUAACAUGGAAGUCGUGCUCGUGGGAGAAGAUGGUCGUGGCUAUGACAGAGCUAAGGAAGUUAAGGAAUUUGAAGAGACCAAAGCUGGGGUUAAAGGCCUCGUGGACUCUGGAAUUGAAAGGCUCCCCAGGUUUCUCAUUCAUCCGCCGGAGUCCCUUCCAAACUUCUCCGCUCCUAUUACUUGCUUCCGUGUGCCGGUGAUAGAUUUUGAAGGGUAUGAGAGCUCUCGCCGGACAGAGAUAAUCAAUGAAAUUCGUCAAGCCUCAGAAACGUGGGGCUUCUUCCAAAUGGUGAAUCACGGAGUCCCAACUUCUCUUAUGGACAACUUGCUUAAAGUCAUCAGAGAAUUUCAUGAACAACCAAGGGAGGUGAAGAAGGAGUGGUAUUCCCGUGACAACAAGACACGAGUGAGGUAUUUCUGCAACGGAGACCUCUUCGUCUCCAAAGCAGCGAAUUGGAGGGACACCUUGCUCUUCGACUUCCAGGAUGGUCCCCUGAACCCCGAAGCCUUCCCUCUUGUGUGCAGAGAAACGGUGAGCCAGUACAUUGAGCAUAUGAGGGAACUGAGAGAAAGAGUAUCAGGACUACUGUCAGAGGCACUGGGGCUGAGGACGGACCGUCUGGGAACCUUGGAAUGCAUGAAGAGUGAAUCAAUGGUGUGCCACUAUUACCCGGCUUGUCCCGAACCGGAUCUCACAUUUGGCACCACCAAGCACUCAGAUCCAUCGUCCCUGACAUUUCUACUGCAAGAUAACAUAGGUGGCCUCCAAGUUCUUCAUCGAGACCAGUGGGUUGACAUAAACCCCGUACACGGAGCAUUAGUGGCCAACAUCGGAGAUCUCAUGCAGCUGAUAACCAAUGACAAGUUCAAGAGCGGGGAGCAUAGAGUACUGGCUGGACGAGUAGGGCCCAGGGUAUCUGCUGCAUGUCUAUUAUAUCCAAGGGAGAAACACAGAGCAUACGGACCACUAGAGGAAUUUAAGUCCGCCAUUCACCCACCUUUCUACAGGGAAACCACCAUUAGUGAAUAUCUUGCUUUCUACAGAUCAAAAGGCCUCGAUGGCAACAAGGCCCUUCCUCAUUUUAGGCUAUGAAGCAACUCACUCCCCGGUGGUGAUUUAAUGAAUAAUAAGCUACCAUUCAACA